AUGACCCGUGAGGCUACAUGGAAGCCCUUAGCAGGCACCACUUGGAAUUACCAGCUGACAGGCACCAUCAAUAUCGCGUCAACCAACGUUGACGUAUGGGACAUCGAUCUUUUCGAAACAACACCCUCGACCAUCGACAGCAUCCACGCCCAAGGCAAGCAUGUCAUCUGCUACUUCUCUGCCGGAAGCUUUGAGGAAUGGCGUCCUGACGUGGCCAAAUUCCACCCGUCCGACAAGGGUGACGCCGUUGAGGGCUGGUACGGUGAGAACUGGCUGCAGACCAGAUCAAGCAAUGUCCGAAACAUCAUGCUAGCACGCUUGGAUCUUGCCAUGCAGAAGAAAUGCGAUGGCGUCGAACCUGACAAUGUCGAUGGAUAUGAUAACGAGAAUGGCCUCUAUUUGACGGAGGAUGAUGCGACUGACUAUGUCACCUUCCUCGCCGACGCGGCGCAUUCUCGAAGUAUGGCUAUUGGGCUGAAAAAUUCGGCGAAGAUUGUGACUCGUCUUGUGAGCAAGGUCGAGUACUCAGUGCAGGAGGAAUGCGUCCAGUAUGGAGAUUGUGACGAAUUUCGACCAUUCAUCGAACAGAACAAGCCUGUUUUUCAUGUUGAGUAUUCGGGUGGAGGCCUCACGAAGAGAGGAUCGUGGAAGGAUGAUCUUCGCGUGGAGAACCACGGUGGAGACUACUCUAUGGCUAGUGACGCAAGUGAAAGCACUUUGAGCAAAGACAAUACAAGUGGUGCAGUCUUUGCCGAGGACAAAGUGGCUGCUGUCGUCAAUGGGAUAAGUGAUUCGAUUGACAAUGCUCCCUACUCAGUCGAUCCAGAUGAUCCAGUCCGACAGGCUGCUUCAAGUACGAUUGUAGCUCUUCCGCACAGCAGCACAGACAAUGCCAGUACAGAUACCUCGGCAGGAAACGACAGAACAGAUGAUGGAUCAACUACUCAAGUCAUAUCCAGCAGGGGAGCCAACUUGGCUGCAAUCGCGUCUUCUGCCUGUAGUGCAGGUGUGGCAGGGUUCUCAACGAUUGUAAAGGACCUGGACCUGGGGCCUUGGACCCAGCUGUGUUACUAA